AUGUACAUUACUGGCUCAAGAAGUGGCCGCUUCCGCGGCAGUGGUAAGAGUUCUGGCGCAAAGAGUCCAGGCGGGCUUAACGGAGUUUCGCCAACCUCUCCUACAGGCAAUUCCCCCGUCAAUUCUUCGUCACCCGCCAGCAUCGCACCCCGCAUUUCGCCACUCCCCAAUUCGCCCUCGCUAUCCCACACCAUGUCUAUGGAUGACCAGCAAGCCCUCCCUGCAAGCAAUGACCCUCUCGCUGCUUAUAAUCUCCCUCGCCCAAAGCCGCUCUGGCUCAACAACGCCUAUGCCAAGCAUAUCGUUAAGGGUAACUUCAUGACGUUGUCUGCCCGUCCAAAGACAGUUGAACCUGGAGAGUGGAUUGCUCACCAAGUCAUCGAACAUUAUCGUAUCUUGUGGAACUUCGUUCGGGUGAUUCAUGAAAAGGAAGAAGAUGGUAACACCAUUUGUAACCCUCAGACUUGCCCUCGCAUGUCCGCUGGCGCUAACCACUCUUUCACUUGGCUGAACUCCCGCAAAGAGCCUGUCGAGGUACCAGCCCACGAGUACAUCUCCCUCAUGCAACGCUGGAUUUCUGGCAAGAUCGAUAAUACCGCUAUCUUCCCUACUGAUCCCGCUGGCAUCUCCUACAGUCACAACAGUGGCAGUCCAGAGGUUGCCGGCUCGACCUAUGCUUCUGGUUCAGUCAACACCCCUGGCUCAAACACACCCAUUCCUACUGGCCCAACUACACUUACAACUUCUCUCUCUCAGCUUGCCGGAGCUGGCGAUUGGAUCGGCAAGAGCAGUGGAUUCCCACAAGAAUUUGUUGAUGUCUGCCAAACAAUUUUCAGACAAAUGUUCCGGGUCUAUGCUCAUCUCUAUUGGGGACACUUCAUUGAGCCUUUUUACCACCUCAAUCUCGAUAAGCAUAUGAAUAGUUGCUUCAGUCACUUCGUUCUGACCGCAACUGAGAUUGACAUGUUGAAGCCACAUGAAUUGGAGCCCAUGCAACCAUUGAUUGACCUUUGGGCUGCUAAUGGAACAUUCCCACCCGAGUCUAAGGCUUAUUCUUGUGCAAAUCUCAAGGCUGGAGAGAGACUCCUUCAAGCUGCCGGCUGA